ACUGAAUACGAGUGUCCAGGAUGCCUUCAACCUCGGAUGGAAGCUGUCCUUGGUCGAGAAGGGCUACGCGCCAACAACACUCCUAUCGACCUACUCCGAAGAGCGCCUGCCCGUCAUCAAGCGUAUGAUCGACGAGACGAAGGCCAUGUACAAAAUCGUCAUGAACGGCCCGCGCGAUAAGCCUCGCGGUGCGGGCGAACAAGACGCUGCCUGGCGUGGUCGGCAGGAUCAGCUCAAGCAGCUCGGGAUCAACUAUCGCUGGAGCUCGAUCCUUGUCGACGAGAUCCACGCCGUGGACGCGGAGGAGGCGAAGAGGGAGACCGUCGACGCGUAUGGAGCCCUCGGCGGCGACGGCCUUCACGCAGGUGACAGGGCCCCCGACGCCCCUGCGCUGGUUGACCUCAAGUCCGGCGGUGCUGAACCGACGUCCCUGUUCAAUAUCUUCGCCCCGACGCAUCACACCGUCCUGCUUUCUGCGGCGAUGUUCCCGUGACUGAGGCUGUGCUCGAGGUCUCGAAGACGUACCCCUCCGAGCAGGUCCACGUCGUGGUCAUCUAUCCGAAAGAUGCAUCGGCUGCGUCUGUGACGGGUGGUGCUGAUUUAGUCUUGCAAGACAGCGAAGGACACGCUUAUUCGGCGUACGGCAUAUCGGAUGGCGUCUCUGGGUAUCAUUGUGAGACCUGACGGUGUUGUUGGAGGGAUCGUUAUCAGGACAGAGGGAGCGAGAACAUAUUUCAGCAAGGUCUUGUCCACUAUCUCGGACUAGGCCUCCACGCAACUCCAAGGUCAUUACAUCUUUGUACCAGUGUCAAUCCGUGGUCUAGUACUUUUGCCUCUGCGCGCUGCUAUCUACUUCGGAAAGCAUCAUGGAGAAGUACC